AUGGGUGUGCACAGCCGUUGCCGCUAUACGCAGUCGAUGAACGAGAGAGCGUCUCGGAGCGACCCUCGAAAGAAGGUGCUGGCGGCCGUCAUUCGCACCCAACCGGCACCGAACCCGUGGAACUCGCCAAGAAUGCGCGGCCAAAUGACGGGAGACGAACUGAAGCGGACACGAGAGAUAAGCAGCAGCUGCAUGGCCGAAGAAUCAACGCAGAACUCGUGCGGAAAAGAAACCGCAGAUGGAGCUCAGGAGGGGUUCCACCUCGGGGCUGCAGCUCGGGCGUUCAACAACCUGCCCUCCAGCGGACAUAUAGCUCGCGAGGCGCAGCGCCACCCUGGUGCAGCUGUGCCCUGUAGCUGCUCGACGGACAGCUUUACGGAGUGCCCUGCGGCAGUCGUCCGCACUAGCCGCAAGGUGUCCUCCUCCCCACAGGUGUCAGACUCCGCGUCGAUACCUGCCCCACAACGACCCUUGACACAGACCAAGACCGUCUCUGAGCCACAGCAGCCGGCGAGCCGGCCUCCAAGUUGGCCAGUGCUAGAGUGCCUGGAGGCGUCGGCCUACUGUGUGACGACUUCACCUCCCUCGCUACAAGCCGGAGACGAUGCACUAGCCACCACUUCCGGUUUGGCCAACAGACAGGAGUCACAUAAUCCCCGGACGUCGCCGCAGUCAUUGGCCGAGUGGGAUGACUCUCGCCAAUUGCCAAGUGCCGUCUCCAUAGAAGAACCUGAAAUGCCUAUGCCCAUGCCGCCUGUAAUCGAGAACCUACCGGUGCAACCCAUGUUUGCACCUGAUUACAAUGGGUUUGACCAGGAUGGCUUGACCGCACGUCGCCCAUUGUCAAGAACCACCAGCUCGUUCACCAGUACGACAUCAGCGAUACCGCAAGAGCACGACUUGCCUCACAAGCCACCCAGAUUCGCUGCCGUGUCUUCCCAACUGCGACGGGAUAGUCAUGAUGAUCUGCAACCGAUGCGACAACUCCGCAUCAGCCAGUACCACCUGCUAGCUCCAUAUUCUACAGCUGGUCUCACGCUUACACACGUAUCUGCUUGCAGCAUCAUCGAGCAAAUCAAAGGCCAGAUGGUCACGUGGCUAAAGGACUUGGUUGCCAUCCCCAGCGUGUCAGCCGAAAAAGAACACCACAAGGACAUCAUGCGUGCCAUCAAAGAAACCAGCACGAUACUGCAAGAACAAGGCGUCCACGUGACUGAGGCUCCCCUCGGCGACCAGCAGCUGCCGGACGGAAGCAAGGUUCCGUUGCCGCCGCUGCUGUUGGCCACAUUGGGCCAAGAAGCCACCAAGAAGACUCUGUGCGUCUACGGACACCUGGACGUCUAUCCGGCACGUAAGGAGGACGGCUGGACGGCGGAUCCGUUUCUACCGACGGAGCAAGACGGCCGACUCUUCGCAAGAGGCGUAGCGUCUGUCAAGGGUCCCCUGGUUGCAUGGAUCGCGGCUCUGUAUGCUUUCCGCAAGAGCGCCGCAAAAGCUGCGCCCGUCAAUCUCAAAUUCCUGAUUGAGAGCAUGGAAGAAGUUGGCUCGCAGGGAUUGGAUUCCUACCUGGCGGCGAACGCCAAGGAGGACUUCUUCAAAGGCAUAAACUUUGUCUGCAUUGCCGAUGGCUUCUGGCUGAACCAACGCACACCUUGCCUCAGCUACGGGCUCAGGGGAUUGUGUUCCUUCAACGUGGAGAUUGGCUCCGCCAAAUCAGAUCUUGAAUCUGGUGCGGACGGCGGAGCAUUGCGCGAAGCGAUGUCGGACGUUGUCUUCCUGCUGGACAGCCUGAUGGGCACCCGCGGUCACGUCGCCAUAGAAGGCUUCCACGAAGACGUGGCCCCAAUCACGGAUACCGAGUGGAAGCUGUACGAGCACGUGGACUUUGAUCCGGUCGAGUAUCAGAGUAAGCAUGGAAUUCGGCGCAUCACCAUCGACGACAGGUUGCAACUGCUGAUGCGCAAGUGGAGAUACCCAUCUCUCACCAUACACGGCAUCGAAGGCGCGCACUCGUCGAUCUGUGAGAAGACGGUGAUCCCUGGUCGUGUGGUGGGAAAAUUUUCCGUGUGCACGGUGCCCAACCAGACGUGCCAGAAGGUGUGCGACUGCGUCACCAGGCACCUUGAGCGGCAGUACGCAAAGAGAAACAGCCCCAACAGUUUCAAGGUGACCAUGACUCAAAGCACCGAGACGUGGUCCAGCGCACGUCAUAGACCUCACACCAAGGCCGCCGCGGCUGCCGUGCGUCACACGUACGGCGUCAGUCCUGACCUCACCCGUGAAGGCACGGCCGUGGUGGCGGCCAGCCACCUGUACAAGCACGUGUGCCCCGACAUGAUCGUGCUGAGCAUGACGCCCGGUGAUCGAGAACUCCACUCGAAGGACGAGUACCUCAGUGUCGAAGAACUCGUCGCAGGGGCGAAGCUGUUCGCAGCGUACAUGUUCGAGCUUUCCAAGCUCCCCUAA